AUGGAACAAGGAAAGAAGCCAAUCGAUCAAACCAAAUCUUUCUCAAUCGAUACUCACACUAAUCUCAAUCCAAUCAACAGCUUAUCAUCUCAACAUUCUGCUCGUCUACUAGCAAUCGUUCGUUCUCAAAACCCUUCAUCCUCAGAAUGGGAUCUCAUCCUACCAAUCACAUCAACAACAUCUUCACACUCAACCAUACUCAACAUACUAGCUCGGAUUCAUCAAGCAAUCAGAAAACAAACAACCCUUGAUUUACAAAUUCAUGCCAUUCGUCAAGUUUUGAAAUUUACAUAUACUCAACAAACCGCUAAGCCUGACUUUAAACUUGAAUAUGAAGAAUGGGCGGCUUAUAUGCACAUUUCGAUUACUGAUUAUCUUAUUGAUCAUCAAAUCAUAACACUUGCCUAUGAAUCACUUGAAGCUAAUUUACUUUCAUUUAAGAGUGAAUGGGUUCAAGCUAUCUUUCAUCUAAGGCUUGUGUUGAUUUUCUUAGAAGAAGAAGAUCUUCUUCUUGCCGAACGUCACUUAUAUUAUGCGAAUUCAUUAUCCCCAGAAAAUUCUGUGAUCCGAUUGGAAUGUGAGAUUAGUUCAGCUAGGUUAUAUUUUCAUCAAGGAGUUUUGUAA